AUGCGGGACCUUGCGACCACCGGUGAUUUUCCCGAAUUACUCCAGCGUCUCUUGACCUACAAGCACGACAACAUAUCUGACAGACGACGCUCUCCCUGGCUGUCGCAGCCUCGCCAUCCCGCCGACUACAAAAAGCAUUGGAAGGAGGCAGAGAGCGCGACCUUUCAGAUUGUAAGGAUAGAAGAUAUGAGUGGGUCAGAUGUCAUGCGCUUCGUGCUCAACAGCCCCGAACACUAUUGUUGGCAGGACGCCUUUCUAUCCUCCGAACUGGAAUCCAUUUAUCGCCACAGCCACGUCCUCCAUACUCUCCAUACCACGGGCUGGGAGAACCCCAAUGAUCAAUGCACUAUCUGCUUUAAAGAACUUCGAGAUCCAAAUUUAAGUACGACGUACGUCACAUGCAGUCAAUGUGGGAGAGCAAUACACACCGCCUGUGUUGGCGCCGUCAAGCGAGUAAGGCAACCGUUCCAAGAUGGCCAGUGCUAUAUCUGCGAGGACAGAGCUGAGUGGGGAGUCGAGAAAUACUCUGAGCAGAGCAAGGCUCGGCCGGCUGUUCCCGUCAACACGACCGUUACUCCGGCGGUGUCUCAACAAGCAAAGAAAGUUGGCCAACACUCUUUCCAGACUUUCCACGAAGACGUCGGUGACGAACAACUCGAUAACAAAACCCGCAAUCUCAGCCAUUGUUCUUCCUCCGACGUGUCUUCAAUAUCUUCUUUAUCCGAUCUUUCAUCUCCUAGCCAGCUCUUCGGCAAAAAAGAAGCGUCAUACUCUCCACAUUAUCAGCAACCGAGAUGUGUCCAUCGAAUCGCGGAGUUGGCCCCCUCCUUCCGUUCCUUCAACCCAGCCGAUUCGACCAAAAACUGCAAAUGUGCGGAUGAGCGCACCUGUUCCACAGAGUCAUACGCCUGUUCCACUCCCGGCUAUAGCAUUUGCCCGAACUCGCCGGUUUCCAUUCGAUUUAAACCAAUCAUUGAAGAUGGGGCGAGGUAUACUCCAUCCAUUUCGGAUAAGCCUGCUAACAGUGUCGACCGUCAACUGUCUAUCCUAAACAGCAAACCUGCAGGCAUCUCAGCUAAUGCCUCGCCUCCUGCUGCUCCAGUCAGUACAUCCCAGUCGCCAACUUCCGGUGCUCGACCUGCUGCUGGUUCUUUUGCCGAUAAUGAAACCGCCACCGCCAGCAACUCUCCUUCUACAAUCAGGACCAGAAUCCAAAAUCAUCAGCGAAAAGUGGCAGAGCUAAAGCAGAUAUUUGAGCGUUUGGCAAAGGAGUCAAAACAGGAGCUGAAAGCUAUUAAGAAGCAGCACAAGCAGGAGCUAAAGGAGAAGAGGAAGAUCAAGAAGAAAGCGAAGCGAGAGCUGAAGAAGCUGACAAGAAAGGGGAGAAAGCUACAGAAGAAAGCUGAAGCGGAGCCCAGACAUACUGAGGAGAGUUCUGCUGAGUGA